AUUUUUUUUAUCUGAGGAAAAUGAUUUCUGAUUGCACAACCACAAUAAAAAUAAACCACAAAAUAUAUGAUAAUUAUUGAUAAUCGGUUAAUUGUUUAUUUGUUUGUGCCUGUUUAACCGAACACGCCGUCGUCGCGCCCGUGAAAGGUGCGGUGCAAAAAUAUGCACGAUCACGGGGCACCGUGAUUGACAUUUUCUGGACCGUGUCGUUAUCAGAUUUUUGGCUUGUUUCAAAGGUCAACAGGUCCAUUGAUUUGACACCGAAACCAGAGUAGGUAAUAAAAAGUCAAUACCGAUAUCCGCUCGCCCUCUCAUCCACAUCUCAUCUAUUUUUGAAUAGUUUUUAUCACGGGUUUUUUCCGCACUGAAAUUAGACUCCUCCGACCUAGUAGUUCACGACGACUCCACAAAGACACAAACAAGUAAUAGUUUUGCUAAUGUUGUUGCACGUUGUUCACUCUACAAAAAUGGAUAACUACAAAUGUUGUUCCUUGUCCGUUGUCGACGUCUAUGACAUCGCACAAGAAAUUGGUCGUGAAUUUGAAAGCAUCAUUGAUGCUUACGGCACUGACGCCAUAACGGGCUUGAUGCCUAAGGUGGUCACCGCUUUGGAGCAGAUGGAAAUGUUGGCUAUGAAAAACGAACGUGAGAACACCACUGUAGAGGAUUUGCGAGCUACAAUAAAUCAACUAGAAAUAGACAAACAGGAACGGACUGAAGACAGGAUUAAAUAUGAGAAGGUAACUCUGGUUUCUUAAUGAUUUUAAAUUUCACUUGUACCGAUAAUUGUAUAAUAUCUAAUUUUAUAGGUACUUAUUUUAAUAAAUAAAUUCCUUUUUUAUUGUAUUCUUCAAUAGUAUGAAUUUUACUGUAUUGCAGGAAAUGGAACAAACUGAGGAAAAGUGGCGUGAAGAUUAUAAUGAAUUAUUAACUACAGUGACUAGGCUUCAAGAUGAUAACCGAAAAUUGACAGAGUCUUUGCAAGCUGCUGAAAAAGACAAGAUUGUCGAUUCUAAAUGUAUUGUGUUAAAUAUUUUCAAUAAUAUUUGAUAACUUAUAUUUUUAUUUUUUAUUAUUAGCCCAAGUUUUAAGUCCUGAUGUUGAUACUGUAGCCCUUCAGCGUCUACGCCAUACAGUUGAUCAAAUGCGAGAUAGUAUUAGGCGCUAUGAACAUCAAUUAAAUUCAAAAAACAACGAAGUUGAUUCUGUAAGUUGUUAUUUAAUUAAAUGUCAGAUAUUAUAUGACUGAGGAGGUAAAUUGGCAUACAGAGUGCCUCGCCAUAAUUCCAGAUCUUUAUUAAUUUAAUUUAAUUUUUUAUUUUGUCAAUUGGAUUUUGUAUUAGAUGGGUACCUAUAUAUAUUAUAUAGAGAAAAGUUAAGGUUGUUUUUCACUUCAUAUUCACUGAAAAAAUAUUAGGUAUAUUUUGUUUGAAAAAAUUUACAAAUUGUCAAAAUAGUAAUUUCACAAUAAAUAUUAUUCUAAAAACUGAAUGUAUCAUACAUACUUACAUAUUAAAUUCAUCAAAUAAAUAGUUUCUUAGUAAUAGCCAUUUUAAUUUAUAUAGAAGGGGUAUAAAUUACUUUAUAGUAAUAUAAUUAUAAUUCCCUACUAUAGUAGUAAUCUAUUGAAGUAUUGGAUAUAAUUUUUUUCGUCAUACUUCCAGAAAUUAAAACUGCUAUUCCUAAGAAACUCUUCAUUGGAUAUAAUAGUAGAUUAAAUUACGAUUUUCAGAAAAUUGUAUUACACUGUAAGCAAACAAAGUUUUUCCAUUUAGCGAUGAAAUAAAAAUUUAAUUUUUAUCUAAAUCUAUAUGAUCAAUAUGGCCCUCACAUAAAAUCUGAUUGAAAUAAUUAAAUACUGAUAUUGAUAAUAUAUUGUAUUAAAAAUGACAAAUUUUUUUCUCAUAAAAUCUCUUUAAAAUUGUAAUCAAUACUCUUUCUCAAGCUAGUAUACACUGACUAUGGAACAAUUUUUGUUCGUUUCUGUACAUCUGCUAUAGUAACUGGCUACUAACGGACGCAUAGUGUGGGCCCCCACAUAAACCUGUUCAGUGGGGCCUAUGAUCUUUUCAACGAAAUAAAAAAUAAUAAUAAUGGGAGGAAAUCGUGCUGAGACUUUACACAGCUAUCAGUCACGAUGCGCAAACUCCGUAUAUUCUAGUUUUUGAGAUAAAGUAUAGAUCAGUUAAAAGUUAUUGAAUAUUAAAUGGCUCUCAAUCCAUAAAAAUAAUUGCCUAUUUACAUAAUGUGUUGUAAAUUAUUACAAUUUUAUUAAUUAAAAACAUAUUAUUGUUAAUUUCUCUAAGAAUCUAUAAUAUAAUAUAUAUUGAAGAUAAAUUAUAAUAUUCACUAUCAUUAAAUUAACAUAAAACUAAAAUAUUUUACCUUAACAUAACCCAGUAAGUUUUCUCAAAAAAAUUUUAAUUGUAAUAAAAUAACAUCUAAAUGUUUUUUUGAAAUUUACUAUCAUAAAAUUGCUUAUGUAACAUUAAUAAUAUUGCAAUGAAUAAUUGGUGAAAUUAUCAUCAAAAGCGUAAUUCAUUAAAUUUAUUACCCAUAUUAACUUCUAAAGUAUGGUUAAGCAGAGUUUAUAAAUGAUUAAUCCAAAACAAUCAUUAGUUUUGAAGCUUGGAUAUUCUGUUAAUUAACUCAAUAUUGUUCAGUAUUUUAGUGUACAUACCAUAGUCUAUUAAUGAUACAUACCUGUACCUGUAAGUUUAAACUUAAUAACCGAUAAUUUUUUGUGCUCUUUUCUUCCAAUAUUUUAAGUAUUUUGAUAGUUUUAAUAUGUAAAAAUUUCAUAAUUUCCUCCAAUUUAUUAGCUAAACCAUGUCAAAUGCAUUCUAUGUUUACCUGGAGAUAUGGUAGGGUCACUCGCUUGCUCAGACUACAAUAAUAUUCAAUCUUCAAAACUAAUUAUUUUCAAAAAAAAAUUUGCAUAAUUUCUAGUUGACGCUGAACUAGGUUUAUACUGUAUCAUGUAUAAAUGUAUUAUUUCUGAAUUUAUUUAUUAUUUAUUUUGAAUUCAUUUUUAAAAACUACUAGUUUUAUUAAAUAUCUUUUAUAGUCUAACAAAUAUUAAAUCAAAAUUAACCAUAAAUAAUAAGUAAAAUAAGCAUUUAAUUUGUCAUUAAUCUUUAAACUUAUGGAUCGUGACUUGAUUUCACGUGAAAUAAAAUAAUUAAUUAAGGAAGAUUUUACCAGAGGGAGAAAUUAUAUUUCACUUCUUAAAAAAAUUGUCAAUUUGCCAUUUAUUAUUAUACAAAUUAGAAUUAAUAAUUCUAAUUUAUAAUACUAUUUCAAUUCUAAUUUAUGUAAUAAUAAAUACAAUUAUUAUUACAGCUGACUAUUCAAGCAGAAAGGCUGCAAACUACUUUGAAGGAUUUGCGGCGUAAGCAUCGUUUUGUUCAAACACAAUGUCGCAGUUUAGUAGAAGAAAGAGCAGAUAUUCUUUCUCAACUCCAGAAGCAGCAAAAAGAAUUUAUAUCGCUUAGGCAAAGGUUUGGGAUGGCUCAAAAAGAAAAUGAAGAUCUUUCCAAGUAUCAAGUAAAUUAUUUUAAAAUUAAAUAUAUUAUUAUAUACAAUAAUAAAUUGAGUCAGAUAUUAAUUUUUUUUAUUUCUACAGAAUGAUUUACCAGAUUUGAAAAACAAAGCCAUUUAUGAUUUGGAUGAUCCAGAUAGACCAAAAUUUACUACAAAUGAACUGAAAGAUAUUUUGACUGAACGAAAUGAAUUAAAAACUCGUGUGAAUGAUCUCGAAGAUGAACUUUCUCAAUUUAAACCUGAUAUUCCUAGACCUGAAGAUCUGACAAUAUCGUAAGUAAACUUAAAAAGUGCUUCAGCUUUUAAAAAAAACUCUGCUUUAAUCAUCAUAAUUUUAAUACCAAAACAAAAUAACCGAGGAAAGUUUAAUAAUUUGUUUUUUUCUUUAACUUAGUACCUACCAGUCAAUAAAAAAAAGUUUUAUCACUAAAUUAGCACAUUUUUAUUUUACAUUUGCACGCUUGGUACAAUAUGCUUACAAUUUGCUUGGUUUACAACAAAUCUACCACAUUGUGCAUGUAAACUUGUACAUUAGCCAGGCAAGGGAUGAAGUCGAAGAAACGCGGGUACGAAGAAUUUUGUUACGAAACUGUACAUCCAGAACUGACAGUGACCGAAAAACUCUUGACACCACUCAGGUCAAUCAGAAAAACACGCAAGUUUCAGAUGAGAACACCUCUGAAAGCUCUACAGAUGUAACAUUCUCCCCAUGCAGGCAAGUUUCAAAUGCACUACUUCUGUUCGCCUACAAUACUUGGCAUUUCUAUAUUGAUUUAAAAGUAAUAAAAUGCUUACAUUAUCUCUUAUAAGUUAGUUGCUCUAUUACAAUUAUUGCUGUUGUUAAUAUUUUCAUUUCGCAAACAAUGCACGGUGGUAGAAUAUUGAAUAAUUUUCUUUUCUUAAUUAUACAAAUCAAAAAUAUCAACAAAUGUGAAAUUAAAUGACAAUAAUACUACAAAGUAUACAAUUUUAAAUUUUGUUUACAAAUUUAAUUUUUAUAUUUCAAUAGCUUAGUGCAAUUACAAAACGUUUAAAUAUUAAUUUUUUCUUGCUCAGGUCUGACGAUGAACAGGAAGAAGGUCCUGUUCAAGGGCCAUUACCUCUAGAACCUGACGAUGCACCAUGGAAACGGUCAGAAUCUGGUAUUCGUAAGCUGUAAGUUUUUAUAUUAUUGUGAUAUCAAAAUAUAAUUAAUGAAAUGGUUGUUUUUAACAUUUUUUUUUUUUUUUUUGUUUGCAGUUUUCGUAAAAUGUUUGGGGAAACUGACAAUGUAUUAUUUUCUAAAACUAGUCCUAAACAUCCUAAGUUAUCGUUUCCCAAAAUGGCUGUAUCCAUUGGUAAUACGUCUAUUUUGGCACCAUCUGAAGUGUGAUAAGUAAAAUCUUGAUCUCAAAUUAAAUUAUUUUUUAUUAAUAUUUAUAACAAAUAGGUAUAUCAAUGCAUAGAUAGCUUUAUUAUGUGGGAUCAGUAAACAUAAGCGUAACUUAAAAUCAAAUUAAUAUCAUUAUUUUAUAACUAUUAUCAUUAUUAUUUUUAUUUAUACAUUUUACAUUAUCAUCGUGGUUAAUUUUUAAUAUUUAAAUACCUAAAUCGGCUAGUAUAUUACAGCUCAUUCACAUUUUACUUUUUUUUCAUCAUUAUUUGUAUUAUUUUUGUAUUUUUUUUUUUUUUUUUGUCCAACCAAAGUAUGUUUUAUUAAAUUAAAUUUUAAACAUAUUUAUUUAUAUAUUAUAGGUACGUUUAUCCGUGGUGGGUUUGUUAGAAUUUUAGGUUACCGUGUUAGUGCUAAAAAUAAUAUUUGACGAAAAUGUGCUAUUUUAAUUAAAUUAAUAAACCCUAUUUUAUUUAUUUAAACCUCUGAAAGACAUUGAUUAUAAUUAUCUAGGUUUUAAUUUUUAAAUUUUUUUCUGAUACUUUUAUUUAUUUUAUUAUUGUCCAACAAAAUAUAUGUUAUGCUCCGAUUAGUUAACUUUUUCAUUGACUUAAAGUUAAAAUAUGCUCAUAAUGUUUUUUUUAUAUAUAUAUAUAUUUGUACACAAUAUAGUGUAAUAAUAUCAUUGAUUAUACAUAUUUGUAUUUAUAACCAAUGGUAAUAUUAGGACUGCUAAUAUGCUUCUAAUGCAAUAAUAUGAUGACUCAUCUAGUCGAGUAAAAAAUCAUAUAAAUAUUGGUACUAUUAUUUUUUAUUUUUUGUUGUUUUUGUAUUUAUUUAUUAAAAUGAAAGUAUAUUUUUAUAGUAAUUUGUGAAUUAAAUAUUUAACUAUUACAUUAAAUUUCAUCUUGUAAUUCCCUGCGCUUUUAAAUUUGUAGAGUGCAUACAUGUGCUUUCAACAAAAGAAAACAAACAAGGAAAUUUACUUUUAAAUGUAAUGUUGUAAUAUUAUACUGAAUAAAAAUUUGUACUUCCAAAAUAUUAUUAUUGAAAUCAAAAUAAAGUUACUUAAUAGGUACUUUAUGAUGUUUAAACUAUUUUAUUUGCUCAUGUUAAAAGUAAUAUUUAUCUGUAAGCCAAAUAUAUUACUGGCAUUGUUAAAG